AUGAUCAGCUGCUCCUCAUCCAGAACCUUCUCCUUCAUCAGGUCUAUGGACAUGCAGGACCUAGCCAGUCCUCAUAACCGAGUGGGAGGUGGAGACUCAACAGGCUCCAAACUGGACAAGAACAGCCUGGGCAGCCCAUCCAUCACCACCAAUGGAACCGGAGGUGAGAGCAUGACCGUUCUAAACACGGCUGAUUGGCUGCUGGGCUGCAGCAGCCCGCCCCCCGGCGCCGCCUCCAAGGACUAUGUGAAAACGGAGCCGAUGAACAGCAGCGAGACCAUCACCACGACGGGCGACACAGCGCUCGACACGUACGCAGGUUCAGGUACGGAAACCUUCAGCCCUUCGGCCAAUCAGCAGCUCCGGCUGGUCGCUGCGUCGGUCUGCAGCAGCAGCAGGAGGCUUGACAUCUCGCUGACCAGACUCUGUGUUUGA